CGCAAUGUUGUUCCUCAUUUUUCUUGUGUUGGUGGCUACCAAUGCUGCCCUCGGCUUUGAUGAUACGAUCUAUGGCAGCUAUGAGUGCAGGCCUCACUCCGUCCCCUGGCAGGUGUCACUCAACAACGGCUGGCACUAUUGCGGAGGAGCCCUGAUCAGUGACCGCUGGGUCGUCAGUGCUGCACACUGCUUCAAAGGUGAGGACAUUGAGCUGCGUCUGGGUGAGCACCACAUCGGCAACAAGGACGGCCCUGAGCAGUUUAUUGCUCCGGCUGUCAUCAUCCCCCACCCAGAGUACGACCGUUACACCAACAACAAUGACAUCAUGCUAAUCAAACUUGCUGAGCCAGCAAAGUUUGAUAAGUAUGUCCAGCCCAUUGCCCUGCCUAGCAGCUGUGUCUCUGCAGAAUACCAGUGGUGUGUGAUUUCUGGCUGGGGAGUCACCAACGGUCCCUUUGAUUGUCUGGAAUGCCUGCACUGCGUGGAUGUGCCCACCAUUCCCCAGGAGCACUGUGGGUUCUCCUCCUCUCUGUUCUGCACCGCCGUCCUUGAGCGAGGAAAGGGCUCCUGCCAGGGAGAUUCUGGCGGCCCUGUGGUGUGUAAUGGGGAGCUCCACGGUGUGGUGUCCUUGGGGUGGGGCUGUGCUGGGGCAAAUAUGGUUGGGGUUCACACCAAGGUCUGCAAGUUUACUGACUGGAUUCAGUCCACUAUAGCUUCUCACUGAAGUCCUUCUGUAGAGGAGAGAUCGACUCCGCCUGCUGCUGCUGUUCAUUUCAUGUCAACGCAAUGACUCUGCAUUAUAUGAGGACAUAUCUAUACAGUUUACAGAACGUGACUUCUUGGACUGUUUGUGGA